AACAGUGAUGCGUAACAAGAGCUUUGUCGCACUUUUAAUAUCACUGCAAAUAAUAAGACGUUUGGCACAAAAUGUGAUCGAAACCCGAAAUGGUAAGAUACAAGGAUUGACAGACCAGUGGGUGACGUCAUUUCUGGGAAUACGCUACGCUCUGGCUCCUAUAGAAAGCAGACGAUUUGCACCGCCAGUACCGAUACCAGCAUGGAACGGAACUUUGCAGGCAUUGAACUAUGGCCCUAUAUGUAUGCAGGCUAUGGAUAUUCUAAUGCAUAAGUUUUUGAACAAUUUGAAAAUAAGCGAGGAUUGCCUAAAUAUGAAUGUGUUUGUUCCAGUACAAAAGGAUAAGUCCAAACUUCCUGUCCUUAUUUAUGUUCACCCAGGACAAUUCCAAUACGGCGCAGGGGCUAUUAUCAAUGGUUCCUUCCUUGCUCUCGAAACAGGGUCAGUAGUGGUCACAAUCAACUAUCGUUUGGGAAUUUUUGGAUUUGCUUUGUUUCCAUCUCUUCCUUCCAAGAAUUUUGGAAUACAAGACCAAAUUCUGGCCAUCAAGUGGGUCAGAAACAACAUUGUUGCUUUUGGAGGUGAUGGGGACAAUAUUGCCAUUUUAACAGACUCUGUCAUGGCUAAGGCUCUUCAUUAUUCAAGCACCAAAGAAGCUUUGUUUUCCAAAAUUAUCUCUCUACCAUUUGAUAUACCCUAUUCACUUCAGAGAGCAGACGCAGCAGAGAUUUUCGUCAGCGAUACUAAAUUAAAAACUAUUUGCAAUUCAACCAGUUUACUGCCAUGUGUUCAUGAGAUAAGUCCAGAAGAUCUGCUCAGUGUGAGUUUGAACCAAUCCCCUUGGACCUUACCCCAUUUUCGACCAGUUCUAGAUGAUGAUAUUGUGAAGGGUGAGGACAGUCAAAAUCAUAGAUAUAUUGAACAAGUUCACCUUAAUGUAGUAGCUCCAUCCUAUAUAUAUCGAAAAAAGUCAGUGAUAGUACAACAGCGACAGUACCCAUGCACUCAAGAAAUUCUUCAGAAGGCUAUACAUAUGCUCUCAUCAAUGACUUCAUCUAAUGCAAGCAGCUUGCUGGAGACAUUCUAUUUUCCUGAUGACGUCACUGCAAAUAGUAUCUGCAAUGAAGUUUUACGCCUUCUCUAUGAUUUCUCUUCUGUAUCUUCCAUUAACAAUCUUAAUCACAUCAGUGGAUCAGCCCUAGUGUUUCUAGCUUUGCUGGAGCCAUACUAUGUGUUACAAGGUGGGACCAGUGAUCCUCUGUGCAUAUUCAGUGGAGGAGGAGAAGGAUGUGAUUCUGAUGCUACAACUGUCUUUGUCUUGUCAGCUGUUAAAAACUUUUUGCAGCAUGGUUAUCCCAGUUCAGAUAUUCAGAUAACAUGGCGUCCAUAUACAAAGCAAAGCAAAAAUCACUUGAUAUAUAAUGGUUACAAGACAUCAGCAGCCAAUAAAAGCAGAUGGCCACUAGUUCAGCAAGAAAAUCUAUGGUUGAAUUUAGCACCAGCAUUUAAAAAAAGUUGUUACAUCCCAAGCAAGUCCUGUCAAUGUCCAGCAACAACAGACUGGGGGAUGUCAGAAAAACAGCUGGAGAUUUUGUUAUACUGUCUUGUGUUUUGCUGUUUACUUCUGACCUUUGUAACGCUGACUUUGACCCGAAUUCUGUGCCAUGUAAACAAAAAGGGAGUUAAAGCAGCAAAAGCUAGGAGAAAUAUGAGGAAAGACAGUCCUUCGAAUGGUGGUCAUCAUAACGGUGCUUGUCAUGAAGAAGUUGAAGAUUCUAAGUUUUAAUCUGCCGGUACAAUGAGCAAAUUACUUCAUGUUGUGCUUAUUUAGGGAAACCUAUAGUCAUGCUUGGUUUGUAGGGGACAAUUUAAAAAAAUGAAUGAAGGGUAAUAAUUACUGAUGCACUGUAUCCCUACAUUUUCUCAUCAUUUUAAUGUUUGCAAUUAUAAACAAUUUAAUGACAUUUGAAAUUUCCGGUGCAGUAUAUCAUUUUGUCAAUUUUUCCCCAAGUAAUUUGAACUUCCAUGUCACACUGGUUAAAAUAUUUUAUCUACCCUGUUUACAGCUUUGUAAUCAGUACAAACCAUAUCCUGUCUUUUGUGAAAUGGACUUUGUGUUUAUAGAACAAAUAACCACCUCACUUUAGUAUAAUUCUCAGAAAGUACUGUAAAUCACCCUAUUUUUUCAUUUUGUAUAAUUACGCAUGACCAGCUGUUCACGAAAAUUUCAUUCUUGCGUAUAAUUCUAUUGUUAAAGAUUAUAUAGGACAAUAACCAAAAUUCCUGAAAAUUUUGUUUUGCUUAUAAAUACCAAACAGCUAUCUCUCAAAAUCAAGGUGCUGCAAAAAUUUAGUGAUCUACAGGAUUUUCUGAAAAAGUACUAAACUUUGAUAUCUCAAACAUGAUACACAUGUAGGUCUGAUGGUAUAACAGAUAUAUCUGACUUUUUAACAUAUUCCUGGAUUUUAAAGUUUUAAGUGUUUGAGAUGUUUAUUAAA